UAUGUUAAAUUCAGACCUCAAAAAAUAGAACAAAAUAUUCAAAUAAAUGUCUAAUUUUAUAAAGACUAGAUCACCCAGUUAAUGUCGAUCUCAUCAUUAAAAAUUUGAUCCCAAAGAUAUGAGUUCAAAUAACACUUCUAAUCUUAUAGAUUGUUAAGAUGUUGGGAAUUAAGAAUGA